GUCGGCCAGGAUCUGCUGGGAGACCUGCUGCAGUGUGCGGCUGGCGUUGGCGUCCACCUCGAAGACUAACUGAAACCGGUUGCCAUGGAGACCACAGGGGCUUCCGGAAGCUCAACAGUUUGUCAGAACUUUUAACUGAUGGCGCAUCCUGACCCGCAGACACCUUCAGCUCUUCCCUGAUUCGCAGAAGACCUGCCCGCUGCCUGCUCCAGAUGUGUGGGGCCCCUCCGGUGGGGUGGAGGGCCGUCCGGCUUCCACAGGGCAGCCGGGCGGCCCAGGUCGGCAGAGGCCUGUUCGGCGCGGCGGGCGGCUCAGUUUUGUACCUGGGAUUUGCCCACAACUUACCGCUGACCUUUGACCUGAAGCUGGCAGUAGGGUUUGCAUUUGUCGGUGUGUGUAUCGUAGGUGGAUUCCUGUCCUCGUCCUUCAGAUGUACCAUCCUCCUCACGUUACCCAGCAUCCUCGGCUCUCGUGGUCGUUCCUACCUGAUGGUUAUGAUUGUGAUGAUUCUGUACAGAGGUCCGAUCUCCAACACGGAGCGGAACGCCGAGGUGGCGGCGCUGUCGCUCAGCUGCAACCUGGACCUGCAGGUGCAGCACAGCAAGGUGCUGUGGCGGCUGGCCGCCAGGCCCUUCCUGCUGGUUGCCAAGCAACUGAUGAAAGAUAAAGUGGAGUUUGAGUCGGAGUCUCUGGACAUCAACAAGAAGUUCCAGAACGUCCGAGACGAAGUUCUGCUGCAGUACGGAUAUGAUCCGAUCCAACCCGGCGGCGCUGCCCGGGAAAACAGCACUCAGGAGCAGUUUGCCUCCAACACUAGGAGGCGCUGUGACGGUGUGGUGGACGAGGGCAUCCGGCGCUGCGCUGGUUGGUUCAGGCAGAAGUGGAGUGAGUGCAUGAAAGCCAUUCCUGUUCCCAUCAUCAACCACAUCCUCUGUAUUUCAAUGAAAUUCGACUUCCUGUGUGACGUCAUGAGAAUCAUGACUCCGUGGUGCAGAGAGCAGAUUCCCGUGGAGAGGAACUUCGGUCAGCUGUACGAUCGGCUCAACGUUUCCAUGGACCGUCUCUCCAGAGAGUUCCGCGCCCGGGUCGUCGUCCAGGAGGAGCAGCAGCAGUCGGUUCUGGACGGAGUCCAGUUGGACCGGGUCUUCACUGAGUCCGUUAAGGAAUCCUUCCAGCGCCUGACGAAGAGGAUGGAACAGGGGAUGAAGGUCCUGGAGAUGGUGCUGUCCUUCACCUUCAUCACCGUCUUCAUCCAGGCGGUGCAGUACCUCCGCUCCUACAGGACAAACAUCUCUUUUGACAACGUCUACAUCACCUCCUACUUCAGACGGAUCGACGAGCGCAGACGACGAGCGGGGAAACAUGUCCUGCUUCCUCUCAGAAAGUCGGAGAGAAAACGGUUCAUCGCCCCGAUGAGUCCGAAGAUCAACUCUGAGGAGCUGAUACAAGUGGCCUCAGCAGGCUUUCAGGUUCUGGCCAUCUCACUGCUGGCCGUGGUCCUGCUGGUCAUCGACUUCUCCCUGUUCCACGUCCUGGACAUCAUCAGCAGACACACCUUCACACAGUUCAACAUCACAAGCAGCCAUCACAUCGACAUCAGCGUGGGCGGAGACACCAUGAUGGCCCGCCUCCUGCGCACCACCAUCUCUGGCUUCAACAGCUCCUCCGAGACGAACGUCCAGAGCGACAACCGCGCAUGCAUGUCCGCCCCCUCCCGCCUCCCUUUUGAAGUGUAUGCGAGGUGUGUGGGCGGAGUCCUGGUGGUGGCGCUGUUCAGCUGCGUCCAGGUUUACACCAACCGCCUGCGCCACGUCAUCGCAGCUUUCUACAACCCAAAGAGGGAGAAGAAGCGUGUCUUGUUCCUCUACAACCUGCAGCUCCAUAGACGGCUGUCGUCCCCCAAUUGGAAGAUGAACAUGAGCCGAAGACAGAGGACGAGGACGGGGAUGAGGACGAUGUUUCAGCGCCUGACCAGGUGGGGGCGCCGUCUCCUUCGUCACCCCCGACAGGAUGCCUCAGACCAGGAGGAGACUCACUACGCUAGCAGCUAGCAGCUAGUCGGGGAUCCGCCUGGAGACGCUCUCACUAACGUUCAUCACCCCAGAUAAAACACGUCCUCCUCCUUCAUGACUGGAGACCGAAACCGGAGAUAAAUGUGAUGCAAAGAAAAUCAUCUGGAAGAACGACAACUUUCCCUGGAAUGUCAGCCAUAUUUAUGAGGCUCUUCAGAACAAACAGGCCGCACCAAAUCACUCAAUAAUAAAUAAAACAACAGAUCUGAUCUGAGUCAGAGUUCAGGGUUUGAAACACCAUUAGUCUUCACACCAACUGAACUUUUCCUCAUUUCUUCGUAAAACAUGGAGAACGUCUCUGAACAUCAGUUCAGUCCUGCCACAGAUUGGCUCAGGUCUGGGCUUUGACUAGGCCACUGAUCUCUCUCUGGCUGUUUGUUUUGAGUUGUUGUUCUGCUGGAAGGUGACCCUUGACCCCAGUCAGCUCUCCUGCAGGGUUUGUGCCCAGAAUGUUCUGAUUUAGCCCCACCAUCAGCAUGAUGCUGCCAUGUGUUCUCUCAUAUGUCUUGGUCCUCUACCUGAAGCGGAGCAGAACUCUGCAGUUUGGUGGUGUAUGAAUACUUGUGUACUCAGACUGCGCCACUCAUGGAGGAAGAGGAAGAGUUCACUGCUCCUCUUUCUGCAUGCAGCCCAGGGUUUGACCACGUGAUGUGAUUACCGCCGCAGCAUGACGUCAGCAGCUGAUCCGCUGCAGCACGUGCAGCGCUGCUUCACCAAACUGACUCUGGAUCAGAUUGUUCCUCUGAACCGCCGCUGACCUCAGCAGCCGCUAAUCCUUCUGAUUCUGCUGCAGUCGGCUGGGUUCUGAUUCCAGACCUGCAGCCCGCCGUCAGCAGCUGCCUGGAAACUAUCACACCUUAACCCAGCGGUUCCCAAAGAUUUUCUGCCCCCCCCUAUGAAUUACAAUAAAAUCCCCUCCUCCCAAAAAAAAUCAACUGGUCCCACAUCAUUCGACCAGACAUAAACCUUUACACAUAUUUUGUUUUCAAACUCCACUGAAGUUUAUUUCACAUUUCAGG